AUGCCGCCGUACACAAGCCUCACCCUGCUAGCCCUCGGCCUGCUGUCCGGCCUCGCCUCGGCUUGGGACCAAGCGCCCGCCCUCGCCGGCAAAGGCGCCCCCGUUUCCGACGCGGACCGCCUCUACACGGGCGACCAGUCGUCCAACACAAUCACCGUCAUCAAGCCCGCCACGGGCGAGGUCCUCGGCACCAUCAGCCUGGGCGACAGCCGCCUGAGCAACGACCUGAACCCGCAGUACGUCAAGGUCGUCAACUCGCACGGGCUGGGCUUCUCGCCCGACGGCAAGCUCAUCGUGUCGCUGGCCGUCACGAGCAACACCGUCACCGUGUUCCGCACCGAGGACAACUCCGUCGUCUCGCAGACGUCUGUGGAGCGCAACGCGCACGAGGCCUUCUUCGAGCAUGACAACCGCCACGUCUGGGUCGGCACGCGAGGCGUCGACCGGAUCGACAUUGUCGACGGGCUCGAGGGCGGCGUGGUCGGCUACGUGCCGUCGUACGGCGGGCCGAGCAAGGUCGUCUUCAGCCCGGACGGCAAGACGGCGUAUGCCAACCACGUGCGCUCGCCGUCGCUGUCCGUCAUCGACGUGGCCCAGCGGCGCGUCGUCGCCAACAUCACCGGCCUGGGCGACGUCUUCUCGUCCGACAUGAUGAUCUCGCCCGACGGCCAGCGGCUGUGGACGGCGCACAAGAUGGUCGGCAAGGUGUCCGUCAUUGACCUCGUCAAGCGCCGCGUCGUCGGCGUCAUGGACACCGGGGCCGAGACCAACCACCCCAACUUUGCCGUCAUCAACGGCACCAUGCACGGCUUCGUCACGGUGGCCUCGACCAACCAGACGCUCAUGUACGCGCAGCCCGACUCCAGCCGGAUGCCCGUCCUGCUGGGCGCCAUCCAGGCCAGCGGCGUCGAGCCUCACGGGCUGUGGCCCAGCGCGGACAACACGCGCCUGUACGUCGUCAACGAGCACUCGGACACGGUCGACUUCAUCGACUUGACCGUCAGCCCACCAAAGGUCGUCAAGACCGUCAACGUCGGCCAGGAGGGCCAGGCCAUCAUCUACGUGUCCGGCGCCGUCUCGGCCGCCAGCAACGGCACGCAGAACCUCGGCAGGCAGGGCCUGUUUGACAAGCCGGCGCUCAACAAGAUCCUCACCGAGGCUCAGCCUCAGUCCUCCAACAACAACUCCAAGGCCCCAGCCUCAUGCCUCGUCACGGUGCGGCCGGAAGUUGGGCUGGACAUGUUCCAGGUGAUUGGGCGGAACCUCGCGUUCAACACGACUUACACGGUGUCGGCGACGGUAGCGGACAGGCUGAUUUCGCUGGUGGACUUUAAUGCCACGGCACCGAUGGGCGACGGAUGCGGGACCGCGCCGCAGGUGUUGUCGUUUUUCAAGUUUAUCGGCGUCUAUGAGCUGGAUGAUUUGGUGUUGACGUCGAAAGCUGAUGCUUAGGAUUGAUGACUGAAGGGCUGUUUUUUUUUCUGUAAAUUAGUACUGUGACUCAUCUAUGACACGGAUUUUGUUGAUUCUUCAUCUUGACAGAG